AUGGAGUGUAUGCCAAGGAGAUGUAAGAGGAGACCAGGGGGGCAGCCGGGGGUGACCGGAGCACCCCUGGGAGUGCUACAGCCAGGGGGGCGGCCGGGGGUGACCGGAGCACCCCAGGGAGUGCUACGGCCAGGGGGGCAGCCGGGGGUGACUGGAGCACCCCUGGGAGUGCUACAGCCAGGGGGGCAGCCGGGGGUGACCGGAGCACCCCUGGGUGUGCUACAGCCAGGGGGGCAGCCGGGGGUGAUCGGAGCACCCCUGGGAGUGCUACAGCCAUGGGGGCAGCCGGGGGUGACAGGAGCACACCAGGGAGUGCUACAGCCAAGGGAGCAGCUGGGGGCGAUCGGAGCACCCCAGAGAGAGCAGCAGCCAGGGGGGCAGCCGGGGGUGACUGGAGCACCCCUGGGAGUGCAACAGCCAGGGGGGCAGCCGGGGGUGACCGGAGCACCCCUGGGAGUGCUACAGCCAGGGGGGCAGCCGGGGGUGACCGGAGCACCCCAGGGAGCGCUACAGCUAGGGGAGCAGUUGGGGGUGACAGGAGCACCCCUGGAAAUGCUACAGCCAGGGGGGCAGCCGGGGGUGAUCGGAGCACCCCAGAGAACACAGCAGCCUGGGGGGCAGCCGGGAGUGACCGGAGCACCCCAGAGAACACAGCAGCCUGGGGGGCGGCCGGGAGUGACCGGAGCACCCGAGGGAGAGCAGCAGCCAGGGGGGCAGCCGGGGGUGACCAAAGCACCCCACGGAGUGCUACAGCCAGGGGGGCAGCCGGGGGUGACCGGAGCACCCCAGGGAGUGUUACAGCCAGGGGGGCAGCCGGGGGUGACCGGAGCACCCCUGGGAGUGCUACAGCCAGGGGAGCAGCUGGGGGUGACCGGAGCACCCCUGGGAGUGCUACAGGCAGGGGGGCAGCCGGGGGUGACCGGAGCACCCCAAGGAGUGCUACAGCCAGGGGGGCAGCCGGGGGUGACCGGAGCACCCCUGGGAGUGCUACAGCCAGGGGGGCAGUCGGGGGUGACAGGAGCACCCCAGGGAGCGCUACAGCCAGGGGAGAAGCUGGGGGCGAUUGGAGCACCCCAGAGAGAGCAGCAGCCAGGGGGGCAGCCGGGGGUGACCGGAGCACCCCUGGGAGUGCUACAGACAGGGGGGCAGCUGGGGGUGACUGGAGCACCCCAGGGAGUGCUACAGCCAGGGGGACAGCCGGGGGCGACCGGAGCACCCCUGGGAGUGCUACAGCCAGGGGGGCAGCCGGGGGCGACCGGAGCACCCCAGAUAGAGCAGCAGCCAGGGGGGCAGUCAUUGGACGACCGGGAGCAGCAGUUGGAGGAGUGGUGCCGACUUUUGGAGUUUGAUACCCCCAUGGCGACUGCGGAGGAGUCAGAGGCGGACGAAGAACCUCCCAUGCAGCCUUCCCCAUGCCCUCGUUUUCCGUGUGACACGUGUUUUCACACGUUCGCUACGCGAGGGGCUGCUGCGAACCACAUGAGGGUAUGCCGGGCGGCUGAGGCGAAGAGGCGCGCGCAGGCACUUGGCUCGACCCCGUCACUGGUGGAGACCGACACGCAGGAGCGACCGACGCCGCGGGAAUUUGGGGACGAGGCGUGGGCCGGGGUUACCCGGCCGGGGGAUGAAGCCGCUACCCUCCUACUCUUGGCUUUUCCGCGCCUCAUCCUAGCCGUGCCUCCCAAGCCAGGCAUAGGACAGAAGGCGCUGAUCAUAGAGCGGUUGGGGGCGUUUUGGGAGGGGAGGUGGCGGGAGCUGUUCGACUCCGCCAUGGUGGCGGCGCGACCAGCGGUACGCCCACUUGCCUACACUUGCUCUGACCAGGACCCGGAUGCCAUCCGCCUGUCACGGUGCCGAUCUCGGUGUAAAGUGGGAGAGUGGAGCCGCGGAUUGGCUUGCCUUACAGCAGGGGAGUUGGCCCGGCCGUCUGAGGCCAUGGUGCAGUCGCUCGAUCUGUACCUCCGAGCGGGCCCUUUUGUACAGAGCCUUGAGUCGGCACGAGGAUCGCGGCAGGGGGACCCGCUCGGCCCUUUUCUUUUCGCGUUCACGCAGCAGCAGGUGAUGGAGUCGGUGACUAGAGAGUUUAGGGACCUACUUUUCCUGAGCUACGCAGACGAUACCUAUAUCCUGGGACCGGCGGCUAGGAUUCUAGAGGCGUUUGGGGUGCUGCGAGAGCGGUUGGAAUGGGUGGGGCUGGAGGUGCAGGCGCACAAGUGCCGGUUCUGGGAGCGCGAGGGCGGGGAUGUGGAGCUGGCACUGCCAUUGGGGAUGCAGCGGGUGGAGGAGGGUCUCACUGUGGUGGGCGUGCCUAUUGGGGAGGAGGGUUGGGAGGUGACCCGGUUACGGGAGCGGCUUAGACAGUUGCAGGCGCCAUUGCCAUGGCUCCCCCUGCUCGACCACCCCCAGAUGGCUUCACAUCUCCUCGCCAUUGCAGUUUCAGCACAUCCGAUGUACCUGGUCCGGACUAUACCGCCGCGUCCGGAGGUGGUGGAGGCCUUCAGGGAUUGGGAUAGCUGUCUGGAGGAUUGCUUUGAGCAGCUUUUCCCACCUGGCACUUGGGAGCAUGACCCCGACCGGUCUAGGCGCGCGCGCAUGCAGCUGCAUCUCCCUGUGCGACUCGGAGGGUUUGGGAUCCGGGCAGCAGCCUCUUUGAGUACGCUGUCCUAUGUUUGUGGGUGGGCGCAGGCCGCGCGUGAUAUUGCACAGUUGGGGGUGGCGGGCGAGGAGGCGAUGUUUGCGGAGUACCUCACCACUUCGGCAGGGGCGGAGUUUCUUGACCCGUGGUUUGCCAAGGCUCUUGAGCAGCUGCCUGCGACUAUACGCCAGGAGAUGCCGGGCUUACCUCUGUGUGUAGCGGCCCCUCCUCUUCGGCUUUUCCAGGCGCGGCAGCGGUUGUUGGCGGUAGAGAGGAGCUCCAGACACUGCUUUGCGGUGGCGAAGAUCUCUAAGGCGUCUGGGGGGGUGGUGACAAUGGAAGAUAGUGUGGUGCUGCAGGGGAAGCGGGUUGAUGUGGCGGUGCGACGACCAAUGGCUGGAGAGGCCCACGCCCUGGAGAUCAGCGUCGCGGACCCGCUAUCGCUGUCUCCAUCUUUGCUAGGACAGUGGCUUCGUCAGCAGGGAGAUGCGCACGUGGGGCUAGCUGUGUCGCGGGGGGCUUGUCGGGAGGACGACACUGUGUUUUCGGCUUGUCUUCUAGGGUCACUGAAGGCGCUCAUCGGGGUGGCGUUGCAACGUGCGCAAGCCCGUGUCAUCCUGCUUCGAGCGGCGUCUUCUAUGGGGGGGAUUAACGUUGACUUGGUGGACCGGGAGUGGGACGAUGGCGAUGCGGAAGGCGGGGCUCUCUGGGUGGAGGCCCCGUACAUGGUGGAUUCGCUGUUGUGA